GGUAGUGCCUAUUUGUUUUGGCGCCAAAAGUGACGGGAGGUCAUCGCGAGAGAUCAAUUGAAAUUAAGCAUUAAAUCACAUCAUGAGCUUCUUGCGCAGUGCCCUGCGCUAUGCCCACACCAAUGGCUACACGGGACUCCUUUACACUCCGCGCGGCGAGUUCAUCAUCACGUGCGGCACAGAUGGAGACAUCCGGCACUGGACCUGCAUUAGUGACGACGAUCCACGCUCAAGUUGCCUGGGCGAGUUCGUCAUGUGCAUAGCCCACACGGGAACCCGUUUGCUGGCCUCGACGGAUCGGAAUACGAUCCAUGCCUACACCUUUCCCGAGAUGGACAGCGAUGGCAUCCUCAUGCGAUUCACGGCACCGGCUACGUGCCUCAAGGUAUCCGGUGGCUAUACUGCUGCCGGCAGCGAGGAUACCACUAUAAAGGUGCUUAAGGGAGAUACAGCUGGCAACGAAACGGUGCUGGAGGGGCACACUGGUCCCAUUCUGGCACUGGACUUGUUUGCGGAGCGAAAGCUGCUGGUUUCCGUGGCCGGGGAUGGCCAACUGAAGGUGUGGAACUUCGAGGAGGGCAAGGAGCUGAAGACCAUUGGGGGCUUGCCAAAGGUCAACAGUUUCGAGAGCGCCAGCCUGUAUGGCACUCCGCAUUUCGAGCCACAAAGCGGUGAACUUCUGGCCUAUGCCGUUGACAACGAGAUUGUGGUCCUCAACACGGCCAACUGGGAAGUGGCCUUUAAGCUGCGCGACGACUCGGUGUCCAGUAACUACAGCUGCUGCCAGUUCUCGCCCAAUGGUGAGCGCCUGGCCGCCGGAACAACCAAGGGCGAGGUGAGCAUCUUCGAUGUAAAGAAACGGAAGGCAGUAACAGUGGAGAUUCCGCCAAGCGACUGCAAUGCCAUAACAUGCCUUGCCUGGAAUCUGUCCGGAGAGGUGGAGGUGGCCUUCUGCGAUGCCACUGGCCAGCUGGGAACCGUAUUUCUUGGCGAUGCAGUCGACACAGGCAACGGCGAUGGAUUGGUGGACGACCAAGCCGAGCUGUUGGGCGAUGACUAUGAGUUUGAGGCCGGCGAUGACGUGGACACUGCAGCAGACGACGGCGAUGGCGUUAGUCUGGAACAGCUUAAGCGCAAGGUGAUGAACUUUGCGGAUCCCGUAGAUCACGAUGACGCCUCCAACCAAUCCCUGGACAGCAGUAGCCGAACUGUACCUGCACCCGUUGCCCCGCAAAUCAAGCUCUUCAAGCAGCAGACGGCCUUUCAGCCCAGUGCCACACCGGCCGAUCUAGAGCAUCGCUACAUGGCAUGGAAUGAUGUGGGCAUUGUUACCGCCCAUGUGGAGCCCUCAGGCGAUAGCUCCAUCGAUGUGGAGUUCCACGACGCUAGUAUUCACCACGCUCUACACAUUAGUAACUACAAUCAGCACAAUUUGGCCAGUGUGAGCAGUGGAGCUUUGGCAUUGGCCUCCAACGAAUCCAGCAAGUUAGUAGUCAUUGCUCUGGCCGCCGCCGGAAACAAAGAGUGGUCACUCAGCCUCCCGGAUUGCGAGAGUGCAGAGGCUGUUGUGGCCACGCGAUUUCUAGUGGCUGUGGCCACCAGCUCCAGUUUUCUGCGUAUCUUCACCGUGAUGGGUACACAGCGUGAGGUGCUAACCAUACCAGGACCAAUGGUGGCUAUUGCUGGACACGAGCACAGCCUAAUGGUUGUUUACCACAGUUCCGCGCCCAGUCAGACGCAGCAGCAUCUCGCCGCGAUGUUGGUGAACAUAAAUGGAUUGAGUUUGCGACAAGAAUAUCUGCCCGUUCCGCUGACUCCAGGCCGGCAGCUCACCUGGUUUGGGUACAGCGACACCGGAUCGCCGAGUAUUGCCGACAACAUGGGUCUGCUGCAGUUGUAUCGCCGGAGCAGCAACGCCUGGUUCCCCAUCUGCGACACCAUGAAGCAAAGCACCAGUGUGUCGCACAACUUCUUUGUGGUCGCUGUAUCCGAGAAACGUCAGAUAGUCCAGGCGGUCCUGUGCCGCGGUACCUCCUAUCCCAUGACCAAUCCGCGUCCCAUGCUCCAGGAACUGCGUAUGCAGAUCCCGCUCUGCGACGUCGAAGUGGAAAAGUCCGAGCUGGAGGAUGCACUGCUGCGGUCCAGUCUGAUGCAAAUGGAUGGGGCAGAGAAGAUGCAAAAGGAGACGGCCAUCAAGCUGUUUGCAUUGGCCUGCAGCAGCGAGUGCGAGACGCGAGCUAGGGAAUUGAUCGAAUCGAUUGCCUGCACUGAUCUGCUUCAACUGGCCGUGAAAUACGCCACGAAACGUGGACGCAUCCACCUGUCCGACCGUCUGUGCGAACUGCUACCUCAAUUGGAGGCGGUCCAGGAGGCACGCAAGCAGCAGACUUUGUUGGGUGCCAGCGGCAUUGCGGCCACCAUUGUUCUGCCAAUGACUCCCACAUCGGCCUCACAAAGCGGCCCAAAACCCAAGGCCAUCGAGCUGAGCUCGGCCAAACGGGGCACCCUGAAGAGAUUGGUCAAUUCACCCAAUAUGUUUAAAGCAGCAGCAGCAUCGGCAGCAUCCCGGCCCUCGACUCCGGAUAUCACACCCUCUCCGCUGGACACCCAGGAAAACAUAUUCGGCGAAUCGGAAUCCGAGGUUCCCAUGGGUAAAGCCACCGAUCACCGGUCCCCUUUGAAUUCGGUUAAUCCCUUUGCUAUGAAGCGCAAACUGGGCGACACUGGAGUCAUCUUUGGAUCCGAAAAGCUGAAGCUGGCAAAGAAAUAGUCUGUUUGUAGAUUGAUAAGUAGGUUUAAGAUAAAUAUAUUAUAUAAAUAAUGUGUAACGUUUAUCCCAUUCUGUGAGCUACAUGUAAAAUAACAAAUUUUUAUUUGAGCUUUUUAUGGAACAGAAUUGUUAAGGAUUAAUUUGCUUAUUUAAAUUUAAAGAAUAAAAUAUACUUUUAUUUAUAUU